AGUGUCGGCGCGGUGUGCACUUGGGGGACUUGACGACGGUAAAAGCGACGUCCGUUCAAGACUUUUGCGAGUGCUCUUUGUGCGAGAGCCGGCGACACUCCGCGCCGCGCUGAACAUCGUGAUAAGAAUGCGAUUCUACACUAGUCUCGAUAUGCUACGUAAUCCGGCCGACAACGCGGAUCGUUAAACUGUGAUCUUGCCCACUUUGACUCGCACUUGGCCUGCCCUUGACAACUGCAAUCCGGGACGACGCGCACACAGCCGGUUAAUUCUAACUGUUUAGGGGUUUGCAGAUACGAUUAUUGUUACUCGUUUUCAUAAGACUGUUUCUGUAAACGUUAACUGAGAUUCUAGAGCUGUUCUUUAGGAUUUAACCGAUCCUUCACUUCCCUCCGUGUUGGCAUCGACUAGCGUUUAAUGGCAACGAUCUACCUUCUUCGUAAAAGUGAAUCCAGUAUUCCAACUGCAUUUUCUACAAAAUGCCACGUGUUUCAAUAGAAUCGAUGAUUUAAUCAACUUUCAUGGAUAAUCGAAGAGAAGCGGAAGGCAGCUCCGUUAAUAGCAGCUUGGAAUUUACGGUCUAAUUCGCCGUGUGCAAUUCUCGCGAACUUUCGCUAUCGCCGAGCUCUAGAUUCGAAAUUCGUGCCGAAGCUCUCUUCGUCCCAGUAUCACGUCUAACGAAUCUGAUUAGAAGCUGCAUAUUUGAGAAAUAGAAACGUUCCGCGACGCCGUUUUCGACACGAAUGCUACAUAGCCCUCUGCGAAAGCAGCACGUUUCGUGCAACCGCGGCGGGAUUGGACGCCGACACAUGGUCUUCGUCCAUUACGAGAGACGGUAGUGCAGAUCGAUUCAACGACCAUCAUCAUCGCCGGUGUCCAGCGCCCCACUUCUUCUCGCUCAAGAUCGCCUCGCUCGCCGGCAUGUGCGCGGGAAGAGUCGAGCAACGCGGUGCCGCUGUAUGCGCGAAACCCGCUGUAACCAGCAAGAAACGGGGAGAACACCGCGCAACGCAUCGGUCGUUCCGCCGUUACUCCGCUCGAUGCGCGAUUACAAUUAGCCACGAGCCGCAAAAUCCGCAUAUGUAAAAGAUUCGCGCGUCUUACACGCGCGACUCUCGCGCCUCUACCCCUUUUCCCAGCUCUUCUUCUCUCAACAUUUUUUUUCUCCCUUUCUUCUUUUACUUGAACCCUAGUCGCGAGCGCGACGCGCACGUUCUCGCGGACGGAGUCGCAAAGAGGACCGCGCCAAUCCCCGAAUAAAGCAACAACUAAUGCAUGUCGCUGCGGGCACGCGACGAGAGUGAGAGAUGAACGAUUCUGCUAGAUCCAGGUUUUCUAAUAAUUCGCAACCUCUGACGCCUUUGUUGCCAGGAUUCAGUUAUAGACAAUUUAAAAUAGCUCCGAAAAAGCCGCUGUCGCCGUUCGCCAAAUUUCGUCAGCUUGACAAGCAAAAUAGUUUGCCAAGCUCCCUAAAAUCACCGGGAACAGAUUUCCGACUAAAAUUUACCGAACCAACUGUACGAGACAACGCUGCGCAAAUUAAAGAGCGAUUACUGGCGUGGUGUCGGUCGAAAACCAAAGAGUACGAGAAUGUGAAGCUUGACAACUUUUCGACAAGCUGGAACAACGGUUUAGCAUUCUGCGCGUUGCUCCACCACUUCAGGCCGGACGCUUUCGACUACAAUUCUCUACGUCCGGAGAAUCGCAGGAAAAACUUCGAACUCGCUUUUACGAAGGCCGACGAAAUCGCUGGAAUCGCGCCGUUACUCGACGUCGAGGACAUGGUGAUGAUGCAACGGCCGGAUUGGAAGUGCGUCUUCACAUAUGUUCAGUCCAUUUAUCGUCGUUUCAAGGAUGAAGACUAACAGCCAGUUUAAAAUCGCAGCAGCAGCAGCAGCAACAGCAGCAAUAUAAUUCCAUUUUACGCCAAGACAUAACAUGACCGCUACUCGUAGAGAAAAGUUUUUCUAACUCAUAUGUGGUUGGAAGAACAAUAUAUAGCCAUUUCUUUUUUUAUACGCAGUCAGAUUGACGUUCUUGCGGCCACAUGUGAAUCAAAUCUGGUAGUAAGCGUAGAAUUUGAGGCAAUAUUUUAUGAUGAUGAUGAUGAUGACGAUGAUGACAGCAAUGAUGAUGAUGAGUCAUUGAAAUUAGUCUCACGACCGCGUGAGAAGCUAUGCAUUCGUACAUAUCUUAUAUUUUCAUAUCUCGUACAUGUCUUAUAUUUUUCUGGCACGCAGCCUUACUAACGUGUAAUUACUUUGUACCGAUGCUGAUGCAGCGGCUAAUGGGUUUUAUAAAAACGCACAAUAGUAUCCACGUGUAAGCGAAACGUAGAAUCGCUGCCAGUGACGUUAGCGUCGAUAAAACUAAUAAAGAUGUCUUAAGAGUACCAAAGAGAUUUCUCAAAUAUAAAUAUGUGAUAUGAGAA